GUAGUAACCUGUUCCUUCUGUUCUCUGUCCCUCCAGAGCUCCCACAGCAACAUGUCUGGAAGGAGGAGGAGGUUCUGGCUGACCAGCAGCUCUGUAUUCAGGAGAGGAACUCCAGUCUGGACCAAGAGGACCCAGAGCCUCCACAGAUUAAAGAGGAACAGGAGGAACUCUGUACCAGUCAGGAGGGAGAGCAGCUUGUACUGAAGCAGGAGACUGAUACCUUUAUGUUGACUCCUACUUAUGAGGAAAGAGACCACAGUGAAGCAGAACUGAAAAGUGACCACCAGCUCCUCUCUCACAGCUGUCAUGUAGCUGAGAGCCAAGAUCAGAAAGGAGGCGAGCAUGAAGACUCAGGAUCAACUAGAGAUGCAGAGCCAGAACAAAAGAAUCAAGAUCACAAAAGCAGAAGCCACAGAAACAAUGUAAACAAGUCUACCAUGUCAGAGGUUCACCAUAAUCCUCACACAGAGCUCCCACAGCAACAUGUCUGGAAGGAGGAGGAGGUUCUGGCUGACCAGCAGCUCUGUAUUCAGGAGAGGAACUCCAGUCUGGACCAAGAGGACCCAGAGCCUCCACAGAUUAAAGAGGAACAGGAGGAACUCUGUACCAGUCAGGAGGGAGAGCAGCUUGUACUGAAGCAGGAGACUGAUACCUUUAUGUUGACUCCUACUUAUGAGGAAAGAGACCACAGUGAAGCAGAACUGAAAAGUGACCACCAGCUCCUCUCUCACAGCUGUCAUGUAGCUGAGAGCCAAGAUCAGAAAGGAGGCGAGCAUGAAGACUCAGGAUCAACUAGAGAUGCAGAGCCAAAACAAAAUCAAGAUCACAAAAGCAGAAGCCACAGAAACAAUGUAAACAAGUCUACCAUGUCAAGGUUCACCAUAAUCCUCACACAGAGCUCCCACAGCAACAUGUCUGGAAGGAGGAGGAGGUUCUGGCUGACCAGCAGCUCUGUAUUCAGGAGAGGAACUCCAGUCUGGACCAAGAGGACCCAGAGCCUCCACAGAUUAAAGAGGAACAGGAGGAACUCUGUACCAGUCAGGAGGGAGAGCAGCUUGUACUGAAGCAGGAGACUGAUACCUUUAUGUUGACUCCUACUUAUGAGGAAAGAGACCACAGUGAAGCAGAACUGAAAAGUGACCACCAGCUCCUCUCUCACAGCUGUCAUGUAACUGAGAGGCAAGAUCAGAAAGGAGGCGAGCAUGAAGACUCAGGAUCAACUAGAGAUGCAGAGCCAGAACAAAAGAAUCAAGAUCACAAAAGCAGAAGCCACAGAAACAAUGUAAACAACUCUACCAUGUCAGAGGUUCACCAUAAUCCUCACACAGAGCUCCCACAGCAACAUGUCUGGAAGGAGGAGGAGGUUCUGGCUGACCAGCAGCUCUGUAUUCAGGAGAGGAACUCCAGUCUGGACCAAGAGGACCCAGAGCCUCCACAGAUUAAAGAGGAACAGGAGGAACUCUGUACCAGUCAGGAGGGAGAGCAGCUUGUACUGAAGCAGGAGACUGAUACCUUUAUGUUGACUCCUACUUAUGAGGAAAGAGACCACAGUGAAGCAGAACGGAAAAGUGACCACCAGCUCCUCUCUCACAGCUGUCAUGUAGCUGAGAGCCAAGAUCAGAAAGGAGGCGAGCAUGAAGACUCAGGAUCAACUAGAGAUGCAGAGCCAGAACAAAAGAAUCAAGAUCACAAAAGCAGAAGCCACAGAAACAAUGUAAACAAGUCUACCAUGUCAGAGGUUCACAAUAAUCCUCACACAGGUGAAAACUCUUUCAAAUGUGACACAUGUGGAAAAGAUUGUAAAUAUAAGUCACUAUUGCAGACACACCUGAGAAUUCACACAGGUGAGAAGCCAUAUUCUUGUAAAAUAUGCGGGAAAUCUUUUAGCUACAGUGGUCAGUUGAUAGUCCACAUAAGAAGAGCCCACACAGGUGAGAAACCGUACCUUUGCAAGACCUGUGGGAAACGAUUUACUGACACUUCAGGAUUGAAAGCACAUGUGACAAUCCACACAGGUGAGAAGCCGUAUUCUUGUGAAACGUGUGGAAAAGAUUUCAGAGCUAGUGGGCACUUGAAGCUCCACAUGCGAUACCACACUGGUGAGAAGCCGUACCUUUGCAUGACCUGUGGGAAAUGUUUCUAUGAAAUGUCAAAACUGAAAAUACACAUGACAUCCCACAGCAGUGAGAAGCCAUAUACUUGUGAAACAUGUGGGAGAUCUUUUAGCCACAGUAGUGGCUUGAAAAUCCACAUGAGAAGAGCCCACACGGGUGAAAAGCCAUAUGUUUGCGAAACAUGUGGGAAAUCUUUUAUCCAGAGUUGUCACUUAAAAGUACACAUGAGAAGAGCCCACACAGGUGAGAAACCAUAUCUUUGCAAGACCUGCGGGAAAAGAUUCAGUGACACUUCAGAAUUGAAAACACAUUUGACAGUCCACACAGGGGAGAAGCCGUAUAUUUGUGAAACAUGCGGGACAUCUUUUAGACUGAAAAGUCACUUGAAAGUCCACAUGAGAACCCACACAGGUGAGAAGCCGUACCUUUGCAAGAUCUGUGGGAAAAGAUUCAGUGACACUUCAGGAUUGAAAACACAUAUGAGAAUCCACACAGGUGAGAAGCCGUAUACUUGUGAAACAUGCGGGACAUCUUUUAGCCAAAAAGUUACUUUAAAAGUCCACAUGAGAACCCACACUGGUGAGAAGCCGUAGCUUUGCGCUAUUUUCUGGACAAUAUAUGCUGAUGUGUCUAAUUUGACACGGCACAGAAGAUGGAAUACAGGCAUGCAGCAUAUUUGCUAAAUAUGUUGGAGAUAAUUCUGUUCUAGAGGUUUGUGGUCAAAACACAAGAACUCACAGAAGUGAGGAGCUGCAUCAUUGCAGCAUUUGUCGGAAAAGUUUUACUCAAAUCGAUUACUUGAAAAAUUCUUGCAAGUAGGGCCCUCUGAAAUACUUUAUAUCUGUUUUGAUAUAUUUUUUUUCUUUUUACAUAUUCUGUGUUUUCUGUUUUGAUUAAUAGCUGGGGCUUUUGUUUGCGAAAAUCACUGAAUUGACCCUGCCUAUAUUUGGGACAGGUGUCCAUAUGGGACAGGCCUUUAAUUCCACUUGCACAAAACAAUAGCAGCUAUGAAACAGUUUAUUUCAAACAGAAUAUUACAUGUAUAAAAAUGAUCCAAUAAUAUGAAUACACGUCAUUCAUUUGAUCUAGGUCCGACAGACGGCUUAUGCGCUUUUAUUUUGAAGGCAGC